AUGUCGGGCCACUGGGAGAGACCCGUAAAUUCUGAAAUUCCAGAAAGCGACCAAGAGACAGUAGGACGCAACUCGCCGUCUCCUUCCUCUCUGGGACUCCCCGCUGCCGUCUCGUCUCCUGCAGAGGAGUGCCGCUCGGAGAGAGAUAGCUCUACCCCUACUCUCUCUCCGAGUCUCUCGAUUCCCAACCUCCUCGUCACCUCGCCUUCCUUCACGAGUGUUUCCUACGUCUGUGAAGCAGACCAUGCGAGAGAUGACAGGGGCAACAAGAUCGACUCCCGGACGCGUUCGCCUUCGCCGGUGAGGAAGAACCGAAGGUGGCGUGAGUUUGAAGAGACAAGAGAGAACACGUAUUCGUCUCUGUUAACCGCGCGGGUGGCCGGACACGACGACCGGCCAGAAAAAGGAACCAGCCUUUGCAGAAGCGGGGAGAUGUAUGAAGCCUUUGAAGAGACCGCCUCGUCAGUGGAGAAAAGGCUCGCGCAGUCGGCGGAGCGUUUCGUCGAGGCGAAAAAACGGUCCGACGGAGGCAACCACGAAAGUGCACGAGUCGCCGCAGCGGCGCCCAGAAACGCACAAAAGGCGGGGGUGCCAGCGUCACUGGACGCCGCAGGCGCUGCGGAGCCGUGUACCGCUGGGCCGUCGUACGCCUUCUCACUGUCUGAAAAAGUUACCGCGGGAUCAGGUGGUUCCCCCGAGUCGCACUCUCCUCCAUCGGCCGGGCACUUCUCUGACACAGCCAGAGUCCGAAAGGCUUCAGAGAAAACGCUGGACAGUCGGGGACCUUCCAAGCGGUCCCGCUCGCCGUCAGUUGCUGGCGACUUCACUCGACCUGUUAACGCACGCGAUUCUGUCGAGACAAGCCGAGGCUUCUUCCCUUCCGACGCAUCUCCCCGUCGGAAUUGCCCCGAGAGGUGGGAAAAUCAACGGGAGGAGCAUGCACCAGGAAGCGGGUUCCCUCUGGUGAAGGAGGGACGGGAAACUCCUAUCGACACCCGGCAUUCAGCGUCGCCUUCAAAGAAACGUUGCUGCUUGGCUCAACGUUUUGCCUUUGAACGGCGCCGGCAGCCUCCCUUGCGGCUGCCCUCCGUUGCGUCGGCUGUCGCUGCAGCUCUCGCGCAGUUUCCUCCUGGUGUCAGUACACCGCCUCUUGAGCGGGGCACCGUGGCAGAAGGCAGCGGCGCGACUGUUCCAGUUGCUGCUGGGACGGUAGAAACGUCCCUUCCGUCCCUUCCUGUCGCCCAACGUGGAGCGAGCUCACGGAAUGCAACCCUUGACUCUUCCUGUCCUGCGAAAGGCGCUGCGGCGACACUGGGAGAAGAGGCGUUGUCGUCUGAGGUGGGGGAAGGCGUGCCUGAGGCAGCGGCUGUCGCGGCGGCUCUUUCCGGUUGGUCGCGCGGACGAGGCCCGAGAAGUGUCUGCAUGUCUGGUUCGUCGCGGGCGAGUUCUCUGGAGCAGGCAGACUGCAUGCGGCGGUGCGUGGAAAGGAAGCGCGCAGAAAGUCGUAGAGCUGCUCUGGCGGCUGCAGCAGUCGCGUCCGCGAGCGUCCGGCGCCUGGCACUUGUCGCUGCUCCUCAACUCGUGGAAAACACCCUGAGGCAGUGGUGGUGUGCGCAGGAAACUGAAGAGGAAGCGGCCGGUGCUCUGUUAGUGGCGCACGGGGCGGAAACCGGUGGACGCGCUGCAGGGGACGCCUUGCCUUGCAGGCACCCGAGGCAGGGAGCUCAGGGUCGACCCAAGACGGAAGUCUCAGGUGGAACGGCAGGAGGAACCAUCAAAAUGGAGGAUGGAGAAGCGAGCACGAUGUGCAGUCACAAAGCGCGCGAAGCGAGUGCUCGAGACGAAAGCAAAGCGAAGACCAUGGAGGCGUUGCUGACGAAACAGGAAGGAUCGCCGGCGCAGUCGAACGACGCUUCUGCCUCUAACGCGUCUUCCAAGUCCCGGUCCGAGACGCAAGAUCAGAGGGACUCCUGUCUCCGUGUGACCCUCUUCGCAGCGCGCCAGGUUCUGAACAGUGGACAGUUUCGUCAGGCUAUUCGUCUGUUCCCAGGGGCCGAUUCGCCUCGCGGCGACCUCCGUUCGCAUCGCGUCUUCCGGGCGUACAGACAGUCGGUAAGGAGGCGCCGCACCUCUCGAGAUCCCGGCCGAAGAGCCAGUGCGGGCACUGAAGAUGGAUGCGUGGCUUCUGUGAGUCUCCGUGAACUUUUGGAGACGGACGACGACCGAGAAUCUGAAGUCAGCACCAGCUCGCCUUCGGCAGCGGAACUGCCUUGUCAUUCCGGGCCGUUAGCCCUUUCAUCGCGCCACGUGAGGUCGUUUUUCGGGUCUUUCUCGAGACGCGGGGCCGAAGGGUUGCCAGGAGCUCCCGCCUGGGGCGGGGACCGUUCGCCGGCCGGCUCUGGUGGCCCGCAUUCCCCGCGACCGCUGUCGGGUUCCCACGAGCUUCGAAGAAGGCGCGUGUGCCCUCCUCGGCGCCGCUAUUCGCCGUCGGAGUCCGUCCAUCGCGGGGAAGGAAGAGGCGAAGCCUGCGCGAUUGCCACUUCGAAGAAGCCCAAGACGGGAGGGGCGCAGAAGCGCCGUGGACGGGACGAAGAGCAGACGCGGGAGGGCGAAGCCAGCCAGGUGGAGUCCCGGUGUUCGACUCCGCGCUCCUGCUCUUCGGUCAGAUACGCCGUGUCUGACUGCUCACCCCCGUCGGCUGGCUACAGAUCGCGGUUGGGAACGAGGGACGAAGACGACGGCGAGGCGAUGCCGGGAGGGCGCCGAACCCCGCGGGCGUGUCUACGGGAAGGCCCAGAGGACAGUGAUGUCCCGCCACCAGGAGCCGACGAGAGCCUCUCGGACCGGCUGGGGGACGGGCGGUUCCGAGAAGGCAACGACAGGUGGGCUGCGAUGUCGUCCGUGGCGGUGGUACCCUUUGCGCCGAAUAUUCUUGCGAAGAAGGACGCCAGCGACGACGGCGAAGGCCAACGAGACAUUACGAAAGUGUCGCUGGACUGGGGUUCGCAGCAGGGGCUUGGGGACUCGAAACACGACGAUACCGGCGAACACGAAGCGACCGUGCCUGUCCCCGGAAAAUCGAGACCGCGCGACUCAGAAGGUCAGACGAGGCCAACCGGAGGCGCAAACGAGAAGCAGUGCGCGACGUUGCCGCCGCCGAUGCGAGCGGGCCUCCUUGAAGGUCUGAACAGUGCAGCCGAUGGCCGUAAGAGAAAAGGAAACGCGGCUGAGAUGUCCCCGUUCUCAGAAGCGACAGGAAUUUGCAUUUUGAGACGGUCGCAGCCGACGUCCCACGGCGGUCCAGGGUCGGGCUCAUGCGCCUCCAGGGGUUCGACGCAAGAAGGGGAGACUUCGGAUAAGCGGAGAGAAGACGCUGGCACCCCGACUGGAGCUGCGCGCGGCCUCGGUCCUGUUCCUGACGCCCAAAGAGACUCUCUGGGGAAAAACGGAGAAAUCGUCGCCAUAUGGGCACGCGCCCGCGAUGCCCGGCAUGGAGGGAGAAUAAGGCGACGCAUUUGGCUGCCGCCCGCUGGAACCGAACCCGCCACGUUCAGCUCAGCAAUUUCACCCUCGUGUCUCUCUCGUGGAAGUGGAGGGACGUGGCAGGGCGUCGCGUUGCCUCUGCGUAUUGAGAGGGACCAGGACGCCAACCAGCCCUCUACGGAGAGUGGAGGCAGGGAAGAAAGGCGUGGGGCGGCGAAGGCGCCAUUCGGAAGCGCCGCAGGAGAUUCGAAGACAGAGGAAGAAAUCAUGCAAGAAAUGAAGGCGUGGUGGGCGGAGCUCACGUGCAACAGCGCAGACGCAGCGCCAGUUCAGACCUGGACGCUCGACGACUUCGCUCGGUCCUUUUCGACUCUGGCGACGCGUGCCAUCCAGCUGCUGUGUCUCGCCUUUCGCGCCCGCGGAGCUCGUCCUGUCCCACGUCCUUCGCUUUUGACGAAGACAGUUGGAGACAGUUCGCCGCGUGAACACGCCGAGCUCGAGACGCGCACUGAAACCCUCAGGCAGCAAGUGCGGGGUCUCCUCUGUCGGUACCAGCAGAUCCACCAAGAGGCGUCGCUUCGAGGCUCACCAGCCUCGAAUUCUCGCGUCGUGGGAGAAGAAAUCCAGCGCCUGCUGGGCCAGCUGCACCAGCUGCGAGAGGCACAGCGAAGCCUCGGCUCCCUCAAAGCCGGCGCGCGACGACGGGACGAAGAAGAGACGGUCGACGAAGGGCCAGCGUCGCUCUUUGACUUUCCCUGCUCGAGACCGAGGACACAACGCGGCCGACGCCAAGCCUCUCGGUGGUACAGCGUCGGCGUCCGGUGGCUCGCCGACUGCUCCGCGUUCGAGUACUUCGUUGUGCGGAACCGCAGAAAGGACGACGGCGGCGCCAGCGCGACGGCGUCGCUUUGUGACCGAGGCCAAGCGUCCGAUACCGUCUGCUCCCCGGCUGACGGGCCAGGUACCCCGCGAACUUCCUCGCCGUCGCCUCCGAACGCGGUCGCGGCGUUUUCGAACUUGUGGGCGCAAGCCUACGCGCCGGGCCCAAAUCAGCCUCGAGGCCUAUCCCCGGCGACGACUCCGCCGUUGUCGGAAUCCGCGACGCCUCGGGGCAACGUCUCGCCGCCAUUCAGCGAGGCCAGUUUUCACGCGCAGCGCGCUGGGAAGAACAUUGCGCCGCGAGUCGACAGCGGCGCAGUCGUGUGUGAGAAGAAAGAUGACGAGGACCGAGAAGAUGGAGGCGCGAGUCCGAGGCGGGGCGAAGAGGGGGAAAGGCGGAGACUGAUCCCAGCGCGAAGUCGGCUCCUCCUGCACGAACUGCUUCAGCCUCUGUCCCUAGAUGCGACUGGACUCCGAGCCGCUCUCGUUCUUAUUUUGCUCCGGCUCCAGCGGUUCCUGCGACUGAAGCAAGCUUCGAACAAGCGCCGGAGGGGAAGACCCAGGAAAGGGGAGAGAAACCGACAGAGUCGUGCCGCCUGCCCAAUCUUCGUUUCCCGCGACGACUCGGACGCGUUCCAGGAGGCUCUGCUCGCGAGAAACCUAGACAUUCCCCUCGGGUCUUUCCCCUCUCCUGAAAGCGAGGCGCGAGAUUUGGCGGAAUCCGACACGAAUUCUGCUUUGCGACUGGCCCACGAGGGCGCGAUGAGCGAUCAAGCUAGUGAGCGUCUCUCGUCCGUGGGAACUGCGAACCCGACCGCUCCGUCUGUCGCGACAGGCGUUCGCCUGCCGUCUACAGCGUUUCCCCACUGCGCUCUGGCCUUGGCCUCUCCAGAGGGAAAGGGAGGCGUGCAGGAGGACGGCGGUUCGUCCGUUCGCGGCCCGCUCGGCGACAAGCUGCCUGCAGGAAUACCUGAGCAUGCGCUUCUUGGCCGCUCGGUUGGCGAAGCCUCGCCAAGAUCUUUGAGCUCCCCGGCCGUGCAUUUGCACGAAGGGGAUCGGCGCUGCGUGGGGGCCCGAGGGACAGAGGAGACACCACCGAGCGCGGUCGACGAGUCUCUGCUGGAUUCGGAGGGCGGAGACAGGAAGGGCGCGGGGCCAGUCGCCCGGCGCGGUUGGCGAGGACGGGCCUCGCGAGGGGCGUCCCCCCAGCAUGCAGCGUCACCUUGUCCUCAAGGAGACAAAGCCCGAGGCGCUUCGGGCUCUGACCCGGCGGCGGUCCACGGCGAUGCCGCGUCGGCACAGCCUUCCACUUGCUCCUCUCCACAGCCGUCGCCGUCUCCGGGAGGCCGACGAGAGCGGGGACGACGCAGCGGGAGGGCGCGGGGCGGCUCACGGGCGGGCUCUGGCCGGAAGGAAGACCGGGGGAGGCUGAACCCGCAGCCACUGGCGAGUCAGACUGCAUGCACCGGUGCCUCCAGCGGCGCAGACACCGCCGGCGCAGCCUCCACGGAAGGCGACGAGCAAAAAACCAGCGCACACCGUGGAGGUCUUGAACACAGCGACGAGGACAAGGAAGAUCUGGCGGCGAGCUCGCAACCCUCAGACGACGCAACCUCUCAGAGGAGCAGUGGAAGUCAUGGAGAUUCGGCUUCCUCAGGCGCGCGUGCAUCGGAGUCCGUGCAAGCCGCCGGACGUCUGUCCGACGCCAACAAGGGAGCGGCGUACCUCGUUCCGGCGGUUGACUCGCCUCCGUCUCCGAACGACGUGCAUGCAUCGGCACGCCCGCCGCCUCCUCAGGCGUCAUCGUGGACCACCGAGGACGGAGAUCCAAGCGCACGUGCAGGCUCGCGACGCUCGACUGCUUUGACGCUGCCUCUUCUCCCAGUCGGCCAUGGCUCGGCGGCGCGCGCCGUGUUUUCGGAAGACACUUUGACGUCGCGCGUCUCGCGGCCGUCGUCGCUGGGCGCUUUGCUUGGCACUGGAGCAGAAGCGGAAGAGGAUCCACAGGAAGAACGAAACGCGGUGUCGACGUGGCUGAUCGAAAAGGGCGUUUUGGAGCCGUUCUGGUGGCGGGCUGCAGCCGAGAUGCGCCGCUGUGCCUCCUUUUCAAGACGGGGGAAAUGCGAGGAAGGCGCGGACCAAGAUGUUUCGGCGGAGGGGAGAGGUGGUGGAGGGCUCGAGGACUUGGUUCUCUCUUUUCCCCGUCUGACGCGGGAGGCCCGCGUCGGCGGCGAGCAGAGCGAUGGCGAAGAGUGUGAGAAAGCCUCCCGUUCUGGCGCCUCCCCGCGUCCGGGCAAUCCCUGGUGCAGAGACCCAAGAAGGAGUGAAAGACAGGAAUGUCGCGAGGGGAGGGAACCCGCUUCAGGGGUUUCAGUCGACGACGGGGACAACGGGGACGAGGCAGGAGACGGGGGAGGUGACAGCGACGGCUCAUGCGACUCUGCAGUGGUGUCUACCACCAGCGAGAGCAGUGGAAUCUCCGAUGUCUCUCUUGAUCCAGACUGCAUUGUUCAACAUGUCGCGUUCGACACUGUUCUUUCGACUGCCCUCUCUGCUCUGUACCGAAAGACAGCAGAUGGCCAAGAGGAGAGCGACGCAGAGAGGGAGGCGAGUGCCGACGUCGAGAACGGGCGAGUGGCGAAAAACGAAAGCACGGAAGACACCCAAGCGGCCGCGCACUGCCAACCUCCCGGACAGGACGACGAGGAGAAGGCGGCGGAGCUUGAGCAGAGUGCAUCUUCUGUGACUGCCGUCAAGAACGAACAGACAGGAGAGACUGCAUGCGGAGAAGCCGCGAAGCAGGGAAAAGGGCGAGCGCGCAGAGAUGCAGAUGAUCGAGGUUCUCGGCCCGUUCUCCCCGUUGGAGAGGGCGAGGGACACGCUUCCGGGUCUUCCGAACAGGCACCGCCGCCGUUGCUUCCUGUCGCCAGUGGCGACGAAGACCGUCUCUUCACAGAGGUUCCACAAAACGAGGAAGACCUGAAGAGGGCCCUGCAGCACGUCGAUCCCAGACUGUGUCAACAGAUGCUCCACGACGGCCUUGGCUUCAUUCGCACAUACGUGACGCUGGACAAGAAGAAAAAGGAGAUCCUGCAGGGCGCCCCGUUCGCAGCGAGAGGCGGACGGGUUGCGCAGCUGCUUCGGGGCCUCCAAGGCCUGUUCGACGCUUUGGAAUGUGUGAGGGAGAGGGAAGGAGACGAAGCCCUGCCAGGGGAGCAGGAAGGCGAAGAUGCCCCGGGAGGCUCUGCGGCGAAGCAAGAGACAGAAGAACAGGGGAUCGUGGGCGACCGAGAGAGCGAGCGAGGCAGCGACCAAAACAGGGACGAAGUGGGUGAACCGAAAGCGAGCGUCGAAGACGCCGUGGCGAUAGCGUUCUGUCGGGCGGUUGGGACUGCAGUCAGGGAGGCUACCGCUUCGUCGCGGCGGAGCUUUCAUCCGGGAAAGAGCGAAACAGACGUCCUGGAGCCCGCGGGUGACGAGCUCCGUGCGACACCAUUGGCCUCGAGCGACGACGAUGACAGCGAGACUCGGCGCGCGUUGCAGACGGCGCUUCACGAGGAGAGAGACGAAGGGAUAGAACCAGCGAUACCGGCGCGGCUUGGCAUGACAGCGGCAGAAGCGAGAGGAAUGCAGGGAGACCGGAAAGGCCACGAAGGCGGCCAGAGAUGGACGGAGGCGAUGGGACACAGCGCAUCUCUCUUUUUAGCUGGGACCCUCGAGUUGGAGGAAAUGAAGCACGAACGACAUGCGCAAGAACUACACGGAGAAGGUGACUCCCUUACGUGCCUUCUUCUUGCGUCCGAUCGAUUAGAAUCGACGAACGAAAGUUGGAAGGGAGGAGACGCGGGGGACCUUGGUGCGGGUCCCGACGAAGGCCGAGGCGAGAUAAAGAGGGGGGUUCGCGAAGGUGGCGCUCGAACUGCGUGUCGGCCGCGUGCUCCUUCCCUGGAAAAGUUGGCAAACGCGGGCUGUGCACAGAGAGACAGAAAGGGGGGAGCGACGAGGAAACGACAGAAGAGAGACGAGAAACACGCGCAGCAGCGUGGAAAUUUGUUUCUUGAGGCGCUGCUCCAGCCGGUGUGGCGAGAAGAAACUCCCCAAGCCUUCCUCAUCGACUUCGGGUCCCAAGCUCCGGAGGACAGCGCAGAAGCCGGCAAACCCAUUUUCAUGUCGCCGUGCGUCUUCGGCGUGCGUGGCGCAUCUCGGUGGAAAAAGCUGUGCCGCUCUGGAGACGAGGUGCAUAGAGAGGACGACGGGAGUCCGCCGUGGAGGCACGACCAAAGCGAGACUUUUGCCUACCGUGCCGAUGCCCCUCAAGGCUGGAAGAGACAGGAGGGACUGCGGUGGGGCGGAAGCAGGUACGGGUUUAGCGGCAUGCGUCACCACGGCAGGAAGAGCCCAGCGUUUCUUUCGCCGCAGUGGGACGACGACGAACGGUUUUCGCUCUCUUCCUCGGCGGAUGAACGCGGCUACACGAGUAGUGGCUCGGAGAUGUUCCUCAGCGUCCCGCCCCCGCGAAAGUAUGGACUCCGUUUCCAGGGACGAUCGAGGAAGACAGCUAGGGCGACGCGCCCGAGUGAUGGUCGUAGCAGUGAAAACCGAACUAGCUGCAGGGAGUCUCUCCGUCCGUCGUCCGGUCUUUCCGGUGAGGAGACACCGUCCCGGUCUCUGAGCAGUGGGCGAAGGCGCGGCGGACUCGGGGGUUCGUCGCCAGCUGCCUUCCACGCUCCCAUGACGCGGGCUGCGGCAGGGCGGGCAGGGUCUUCUGUGCGACAAGGCGACGGCGAGGACAGCCCGGAGGCCGAUGCCCAGUUCGGAACCUUCGGCACGCCGGGCCGAGGACUCCCGGAAGGGCGAGGCGCAGCGACGGAAGGAGACACACGCGAUGACAAGCCCGCGAGUUCUCCUCGUCACGGGAAACGAGGCGGUGCACUUCGGUCGGGAGGCGCUCGGGAAGCAGGAAUCGACGCUGGAACUGACACACUGUGGGUGCAGCCCGGCAGUAGUCCGACCUCUCACCGCAGUGGACGCCGAAGCCCUGCAGCUGCUGCAGUCUCGUCUUUGCCGACUGGGGUGUACUUUGACGCCUCGCGGAAACUGUGGAGGUGUCAGUGGAGGGAAAAUGGUAGGUUUAAGACGAAAGGCUUUUCACUCAACGUAUACAAGACGCUGAAAGAAGCCCGGCGCGCUUGCGUCGUCUACCGGUGCCUCAUGGGAGGGUGGGAAGUCGACCCCCGCUGGUUGGGACCCGACGAUGACGAGCAAGACAACAGCGGAGGAGCAGACGAAGUUGCGGGAGCUGUUCCUUCCGAUGGCGUUCCCGAUGCACCGGGAGGUGGGGGACGAAAAGAAUACUAG